CUCAGAUCAAACAGGCAAAUGCCGACAUAAUAAAUACUGCGGGGAUAGGAUUUAAGAGCGAGCGGAUGUGCCGCUCGGUGAGGAUCUCGGGCGUCAACCAAAACUACUGACAAGGACCAGGGCACCGAUCUGGAUUGGCUACUAUUACUACCUACUUACUGCCCACACGUGCUUAUGCUUAUGCGACGCUGACACUGUGUCAUAAUCUGUAAUACUCAUCUGCUCUCAUCACAUCUCAUCUUCCAUGCAAUGGCAUUGGUAACAGACUUCAAACCUCAUCUAGCUCUUGUCACUGGCGCCACCGGAGGAAUAGGACAAGCGACAUGUCUCUCGCUAGCUAGACUCGGAUGUUCUGUUGCUGUGCACUUCAAUUCCGCCGCCGACACGGCCCAGUCACUAGUACAACAACUGGAAUCCCUGGGCGUACGUGCAUCAGCCUUUCAAGCCGAUCUCUCAACCUACGACGGAGCACGGCGUCUUCAUGCUCAAGUGGUUGAACGACUCGGUCAUCCAACCAUUCUAUUCAACAAUGCAGGUCUGACUCUGGGAAAGAGUCAAGUUAAAGAUAUCUCGGAAAUUUCCAUCGAGGAGUUCGAGGAGACUUGGAGAGCAAAUUGUGGGACGGCGUUUUUGUUGACUCAGCUAUGUCUGCCGAGUAUGGCUGAGAAGGGGUGGGGGAGGGUGAUUUUUUGUUCCAGUGUGGCUGGGUUCACGGGUGGUGUUGUUGGGCCUCAUUAUGCGUCCUCAAAGUCGGCUCUCCAUGGGCUUGUCCAUUGGCUUUCUGGUGCUUACGCCAAACAAGGUAUCACCAUCAAUGGUGUUGCGCCGGCGCUGAUCCAGGAUACAAAGAUGCUGCCUGGGCGCACUUCAAGUGCCACUUCGGAGCUUGCUUCCAGAAUACCCGUGGGAAGGUUGGGGACCCCUGAUGAAAUUGCCGAGACGGUCGUAUGGAUGGUCAAAACCAGUUAUCUGACCAACAAAAUCAUUGCCGUCGACGGUGGUAUUGUCGCGCAGUAAUAGGACAGUUCCAUUCCCAGAUUCUGUUUCGAAUUAAAUGCAG